AUGGGUCGCGAACUCCAGAAGCGCAAGAGGCGCUCAUCCCGUCCCACUGUCCGACAGCCGUCGUCGCGGCGCAACAAGCUGCGCAACCCCCGCGGCAACGACAUUGUGGCCAGGAACUGGGACAAGAACGAGACCACGACACAGAACUACCGCCGCCUCGGCCUGGUCCAACGGCUGAAGGCGCCCACGGGCGGCGCCGCGCCGGAUCUGCAAGCCAUCAAAAACAAGACCGGCGCCGGUGCGAAGAAGCCGGCCGACGCCUUUGCCAUUGAUCCGGCCGGUGCCGUGGGCGUCAUCAGCGAGGUCAAGGUCGAGCGGGACGCGGACGGCAAGAUCGUGCGGGUGCUGUCGGGCGGCAAGGGGAAGCCCAACCCGCUGAACGACCCGCUCAACGACCUGGACACGGACUCGGAAGCCGAGGAGGAGUUUGCCGACGACGGCGAGACCUGGGGCGGGCUCGAGGACACGCGGACCGAGGUCGUCAAGCAGCUCGAGGCCGAGGCGAACCGGCCGCGCGAGAAGAAGGUCCGGACGCUGAGCCAGCGCGAGCAGGAGUGGCUGGAGAGCCUGGUUGCGCGGCACGGCGACGACGCGCGCGCCAUGGCCCGGGACCGCAAGCUGAACCCUAUGCAGCAGACCGAGGCGGAUAUUACGAGGCGGCUGCGGAAGCUUAGGGGAGAGGCGUGA